CACGCAGGGCGUUGGACUUCCUGGUUACGGUGCGCUGCAUGUUGUGGUUGGUUUGGUGCUGUCGAUCGGUUUGUUGGAAGGAAUGGUUCAUCUCCUUCUGCGGCGAAACUGGAUCUGCCGGAUGCGUGUAGCGCUCACUCUCUUCGGACUCCCGCUCACCGUUUGCUCCCCCGGAGUUAGAUCUGCCAUCUCCUGCUCACCUCCUCAUCCCUUCAGAACCAGCCACUCCAUCAGACAGAUAUAUUCUAGUGGGUGUAGCCUCUAUACGACCUGUGCCGCGACAAUGUUGUCUUCAGCCGGGCCUCAUGUGAAGUCUAGAUGCCCUCAGUAUCCAGGAUCCAACAUCAAGCGGUUUCCGGUGCCUGAUGCCAAGGUGGACUGGACUCAGAACUGGCCACAGUAUAAUCCAGUCAGCUACACUGACCCUUCAGUAGCAAAGAAACCAGCAUGGGCGGAUCCCGAUAUUGGCUCUUUCUGUCCAAAUUUCAACACUGUGGAUGCUGCUGUGGACAGGACAAGCUUUGAGGGCAGCUACAAGUUGGAAAAGGGAAAGCCACUGAAUCCUCGUGGACGCACAGGGUUGACCGGUAGAGGUCUGCUGGGACGAUGGGGACCCAAUCACGCAGCAGAUCCCGUUGUCAGCAGGUGGAAAUUAGAUGCCAAAGGUGGGAAGAUACAUCACCCAGUCUCCAAACGGCCUAUCCUGCAGUUUGUGUCCAUCAAGAGGAAGGACUGUGGGGAGUGGGCCAUUCCUGGGGGGAUGGUAGAUCCAGGGGAGCAGGUUUCUCUCACGCUGCAGCGGGAGUUCUCGGAAGAAGCGCUGAACUCCCUUUUAUCGUCACCAUCGGAGAGAGCAAAAAUCCAUGAGCGCAUCACCAAACUCUUCAAUUCACCAGGAUUUCAGGUCUAUAAAGGAUAUGUGGAUGAUCCCAGAAACACUGACAAUUCUUGGAUGGAGACAGUUGCAGUCAACUUCCAUGAUGACUCAGGCAACAGUGUGAGUGAGCUGCCACUGCAAGCUGGCGAUGACGCAGGACAAGUCCAAUGGGUUGAUGUUGACUCGUCUCUUGCCCUAUAUGCAAGUCAUUCCCAUUUCCUGGAGCUGGUUGCCAAAGAGAGGAAAGCCCACUGGUAACCAGACCAAGACUCUGCUGUGACAAAACAAUGAAGGAAACAUGAAGAGCAUUACUGUGUGCUGAGAACGCUUGUGUAAUCGGAAUGCAUGGCACCUUACUUUAUGUACCUCACUAAUUUAAACAUUAUAAUCACAUUUUUAAUUGUGAAACCCUAAUAAACAACUCAAUCAUUUGAA